AUGAACACGCAGUCUUCGGAAGAUGCGGAGCGGCAGUCCGAGACACCCGGGCCCGGCAACUCUGUACGGCCCCCAGGGCGCUCUUCAAGCAGAACGCCGGACACGAUCCGGCAUGUCAGUCCUGGUAGAAAGGUGUCGAAGGCGUCUGAGUAUACAACAACCCCGACCAGGUCUUCGGGGAGGGCGAGCGUAUCUCGAAGGCGGGACUCAUCGGAUUCUCAAACCUAUCAUCUUGUGGCGACUCCGAGCGCCCGCAGUGGUUACUACGGUGGGAUGAGCAGCUUUUCCAGCCGCGAGCGGUCAACCCCUGUUGCCACCGCACGCGCACACGAUAACAAAGCAGCAGACAACGGCGAUGGGUUCAAUCAGGAAGAUACGCUGGCAGACUGGCGGCCGAGACUUGCUGGCACCCCGGCCUCGCAUCUCUUCAGGACAGGAAGCCCCUUCCGCCGUGCGCUUAGAAGGUCCAUGCAGGAAGAGCAGGAUGCCUGGGCCGAGCAGCGCUUUGCGACGAGGCAAGACCACUCUCUGCGUUCCGAGUAUCUCCCAGAGAUUGAUUCCGACUCGGCCAGGGAUGCAGAGUACUCUGAGAGCGUUUAUUCCUCAGACGAGAGCGAUUCAGGGCCUGAGAAGGCCACAGGGCAGUCUAAACAAAGCAGCCGCGUGAACACCCUGGCCCUGCACCGACCGGGCGGUUGCCGCGAGGCCUCAACCGCAAGCUCGGUCGAGUGGAAGACGUGGUUGUCAGCCAAAAUUGACAAGUUCGAGCCGCCCCAGUCUUCAUCAAAAUCGUCGAACGUAACCGCUGCCCGACCACCCCAACCCCGUAUCUCUUCCACUCGCCGCUUCCCAUCCCUAAGAGGCCACGUCCGCGAACACGCCCAGAUUCACGACGACGAACACGACCACAGUCAUGAUUCAGACGACGACGACGUCUUUGAACCAUCCACCAUCACCACAACAAGAUCAAUCCACAUUAGGAACCAACCGACCCUCCAAGCACCGCUGGCAAGGGUCGAGCCCAAUGUCCCCUCCCCCCUCCGUGUCGACUCUGUCAAUAAACGCCAUCCCUCUUCAGCAGCAGCAGCAGCAGCAGCAGAGGGACCCGCGAACAACAACAAGAACAGUAACAACCUGCUCCUCGAAAACGAAAGCCCAACAACCCGUCCUCCUCCUCCUCGUCCUCCUCCCCCUCCAGCGCCCCAAACCAACCGUCCGCCGAUACCGCCUAGGAGCAAAAUGAGGCCGGACCCGCUGCGGAUUAUGAGACCGCCGAGUUUGAAAGCCGCUGGCAGCAGCACAGGGCCAGGGAGAUUGAAAUCGUUGGUUCCUCCUCCUCACCACGGCGGCGGUGGCGGCGGGGUGGUGAGCGUGGGUACCAGCCCGUCUGUGUCGGUGGUGUCGAGUCCUGGGUUGAGUGAGGCUUUGCAGAGGCAGUUUGGCGGUUUGAUUACUAGUAGUAGUGGUGGUUAUGGUUGUGGUUCUGGUUCCAGCAGAAGGAGGUUGUUUAUUGGGGAUUGUAUGCCUGGUUUGGGUGGUGGUGGUGGUAGCGGUGAUGGUGAGGGUGUGGGUGGGAGUUUGAAUUGGAGGGUUGGAGGUGGUGGAGUUGGGGUUGGGAACAUCGCGGAGGUUUUGGAACGGGAACGGGGGCAGGGGAAUGGGGAUGGGGAUGGGUAUCGUGAUCGUGAUUGUGAUGGUGGUGAGAGGUGUGACGAGAGUGUGGCUUUUAUUUGA